CUACACUGUACAUCUAUUGCCAGGUAACACCUUAAUUGGUCACUUUAAAAACAGAGCAGAAGGAGCGAUAGUUUCUCUUUGUAUAGAAAAAAGUAAAUUUAACGUAACUUCCUCAUAGGAGUGCAACUGAUGAAAAUGACACGAAUCAAUGCACACAGCUGUUAAAUACCACUCCAUCAGUAGGUCAACAGGCUCAUUACGAAAUGUUAGCGUAAAUGCGUACGUAGCGUCCCAAUAAACCGGCGCAUUCAUACAAUAGAUGUAGACUAGCUGAAGUGCUCGCAACCUUGGGUUUACUCGUGCUACACAUUUUGACGCGUAACUGUGAGCUCAGCAGAUUCUUCCUUGAUUUGGGACAAUAUAUGGUGGAAUUGCGUACAUACCAUUGCAUUGUAGGUCAGGGAAAUAUCUCAGGAAUGUGGUGAUAACAGUACUUAUGUGACACGUGGCUUACUUAGUACAUUGCACAAUUACUUAUAGUACUGUGUCUCUGUGGAAUAAUGUGUAGAUGUAAUAGAUAAUCGAAAAUGGACUUCCUUCCGGAUUUUGUUCCGGUCGACAUUGAUCCUACUUCCGGGUUUCCGACUCUUCAUUUAUCUUACAUCAUGGAGAUCCUUAUUCCUCGGAGAUUCGUCGGACCGGAAAGGAUAAGGGACCAGGUUCAGAAAGUAUUCAACGGUAUCCAGGCGAUUGGAAAAGUUGAUAUGAAAAUAGUUCCAGUGGGAAGCAAAGCGGAAGGAUAUAACAUCCCGGAUGCUGUGUUUGCCGGCCAAGGGAGAAUAGUAUUUUUAUCAGACGUUGAUAUCAUCCUGGCUAACGACAAAAUUCAGGUAUGUGAAGACAGGGCUAAGAUGAAUGACGAAGUCUACAUGAUGCAUCUUGACACUAAUGGCGUUCACCCAGGCUAUGGCACGCUUCAGUUGAUCCGCAAACCUAAAGGUGACCAUUUCGCCGUCUUGUAUGACGAGAAAAUGGACGCCUACUACAUGAGUGGAACUAAGUACCAGACAGAGUUCCUAAACCAAGUGCUGGAGGGUUCAGAGGAAGAGAGGGAGAUGUACGAGUUACACGGCCCCGCGCUGCAGUACCAGGACAACAAACCUUUCACGUACGAUAGACGGAAGGAGAAAAUCGUCAACCCGUUUGAUCACAUUCAUGGUUUUCAUUGUGACGAUUGGCCGAGUGUAGCCAAUGAGUGGACGACACGACAUCGGUCUAACGGGUGGCUGAGUCCUGAGCUAGUCCAAAGAAUCGUUUCCAAGGGAUGCUACCUGGUUCCUGUACCGCACAAACGAAGCAAGAACCCGGAUGUCGAAUGGCGAAUUUCGUUUGCAGAGUCUGAGCAGAUGGUGGCCGAGUAUGCAGUAACUAACGCACAGCGGCAGUGUUUCAUUUUCUUCAAAUUGUUAAGAUAUCAAAUACAGCAGGAGACUUCUAAGAAAUUGCUCUCUUCCUACUGCCUAAAGAACGUCUUCCUGUUUUGUUGCGAGCAACUUCCUGUUGCUGCUUGGGACGUUAAUCCGGGUCAUUGUCUCCUACACAUGCUGGACUGUGUACAAACUUGCUUGCAACAAGGCGAACUGCCUAACUAUUUCAUUCCAAAUAAUAACCUUUUAGAUCUGUUUGCCGACGAAGAUAUCAACACUUCAAUUGUAUUACUUGACGUAAUGAGAAGUGACGUCAUUUCACUCGUAUUGAAUUUCACGGACAACCAUGUCUUGGUCUAUGAAGGCAAUGGUUGCUUGACGACCAAAGUUGUCUUUAGGUCUGUCAUUGCGUCCGUGUUGGAAGAUGUCCCGACCUACAUUAAGACAAGGAACGUAGUGAACUCUCUAACAGGUGCUUUCCUGAGGACCCAGUGUGACAUCGCUGUGAUUAGGCUGAGGGACGGUCGCUCACCCUUUGAGUAUCACAAAGCCUUCAUGGACUGCUUUUUGAGCUCGCACCUGCAUGAUAUUCAUAUCAUUGACUUGUUCAACCUUAUUGGGGUGAAUCUUGGCGACACUGUUGCAUCAUUGAAAUAUUUUGAAUUGCUUCUACAGCUUCAAAAUGUCUAUCCGGAUGUUGUAAAAGUGAAAGGAAACUUAGCGUGUAUGUAUUUUACUGCAUCACAGCUACUGAAAUCGAUUUCUGGGGAACAACUCGGCAGGGCAGCUGAACUUUACAAAGAAGUCCUUGCUCACGAGGGCGUGCAUUUCCCUACAACCAUAGAUUAUUCAAAUUAUCUAUGUCACGCGCAAAAAUGGCGGGAAGCGGGACUACUUUUGGAACAGUUUGUUCGGUUCGAGCGAAAGUGUCACAAAUGUAGUAACAGUUAUAACAGUUUGGAGAGUGUAACCCUGGACCCGGUGCUGCAGAAAGAGUUUGCUCACACAAACCUCCUCCAUUUGUCGUCUCUGUCUCUAGCUUAUUACUAUCUGAUCAAAGCGUACACCAAUUUACACUUGGACUUUUCAGACCAUCUAUAUGAAUUCGAUCAGCACUGCGCCAGCAUACAGUGCGCCGUAGACUUUCAACUUCUGGGCUACUGUUACGUUAAUGGCAAAAAUUAUCCGAAUGCUUUGAAAUCGUUUCUUAAAGCCCUUGAAGUAGAUCCGAGUAACGAUGUGGCCGCGCAAAACGUGGACUUCUGUGAAGAAAAGCUUGCUAAAGAAAAGAUUCAGAAUGGGAGCAAAUGGCUGUCCAAAGGACUGGUGUUUGUCCUAAGGAUUGUGGAGAUGAUUGUUAGAAACAAUCUAAUAUAAAAAAGAUUAAACAGAUUAAAAUCACGAUAAAUUACGCCCUGGAUUUUAAUUUUAGAAAUUAAUUUACUGUGAAAUCGUUUGAUGAUGAACUGCAAAUGUCAAAUAAUUCAUAUAGUCAUUAAAACCCAUUGUCUUUCUUCGAAUUAUUUAGCCUAUAUAUGUACCUUUUUAGAAGUUAUGCACUAGGUUCGUGUGUAUUGAUUGCUAACUGCGUUGUUUAUGUCUUUCUAUCGAGGUUCAUUGUCUUUAUCUGUUCAGAUUUUAGAGUGAGAUACCCCACCAAUGCGACGUCAUUACCCGGGUUUGUAGAUCAAACAUUCAACGUGAAUUUUACGAUAACACAAAUACAUUUGUAUAAAGUGGAUCGUUUUAAAAUUCUAAUCCAAUUUGUGCUUGUAUUUCAAUCUCAUGUCUAUAGAAAUGAACAUGCGUCGAUUUUAUAAUAGCCCUUUACCCAAUUCACCAUUCCCGGGCUUUAUUAGUGAUCGCAAUGUGUAAAAUUGAUUAAUUAUUUGACGAAGUGUUUCUCGAUCUGUCAAAAACUGCGCACGAAUGAAAGAAAAUAAUCAGAAAAGAUUGCAAUUUGGACUAGUGAUAUCGACGUAAGAUUGCAUUCAAUGGGCGCUUUACUGUAGGCCUUUUUACAGCGUAUGUAAAGCGUCGUUGCUCCCCAUGCACAUCGUAUUUUUGAUCUACGCAAUUUGUGGAUGUUUCUUGAUAGUUUUCGGAUAAUCCUAUUCGAUAGUAAAUCAAGUGAUCUUUUUGAAUUGCAUGCAUACCCACUCGGCGCAUCCAGGGUUAGAACUGAUUGGUGUUGUAAAAGGUAAUAUGUCGCUUUUUGAACGGUGAACAGUCGACAUUAACUCUCCGACAGGGGUUUAUAACGCUGAAGUGGCUGUUUUUGUUUUGAAGGGCCAAAACCAAGUUCAAUACGUUGAUUGAGUUUGAUACAAGGAAGCUAACAGGUAACGGGUUGGAUUAAAGUUACCGUCAGCGACCACUGCAGGUGUUAUAACUAAUAGAACUCGAAAUAGGAACGGUGAGGAUUAAACGUGGAAUCGGCUGUCAGUUUGGUUCCUUGCCUACAGACCAGUAUAUUUGGGGAUGAUUCAAAACUGACAU